UUAGAAUGGCUGAGUAUGCGCAUACGAUGUCUAGACCUUAAUCAUAUGUUUAUGACUGAUUUCCUGUGUGAUGAAGGCAAUGACACAUUAUAUCAAGAAUGGUUUCUAGAUGAUGUUGAUUCAUCCAACUUGACCAAUUGAAAACAAGUUUGGAAUGAUAGCCAAGGAGUUCUUCAUUUUGAUAUGGGGUUUACGAUUUUUCAGCUGUAUCAAUGACCUAGACAAUUUAAACCAAUUGCACUGGAAAAUCACCAAAUUACCAGUUGUAUUUCACUCCAAUGUCACAUUAUCUUGUAAAGUACCCGCGUCCAUGCAAUGCUGUGAAAAAACAAGGAAAUGGAAAGGUGGAAAGUCUCAGAAAUUGCUAAUGUUCAAUGGAUCGUCGGCAAAUAGCUCAAAAUAUCAAGAAGUCGUUAAGAAAAAUGGUUUUGAUCUUGAAAUCAAGGACUUCACCGAGGACGACAUGAAUGUAAAUUACUCUUGCUUUUAUGAAUUUUUAUCAUAUUCUAAGAACUUAACAAUUGAGGAAAUAUCUUACAAAAUUGAGCCAAGAAACAUAACAGUUAAUCUUCAUUGUAACAUUACUACUGGUGAAAUUGCAGUACAAGUUAGUGUAGGAAAGGUUUAUCCGUUUCCAGAAUGCAAAACAGUUUUCACGGAUAUGAAUAUAUCUGCUGAUACUCAUGUUUCUGAAGUAAAGAUUGGACUGGCGUACCAAAUAUCGAUUGUAUCUGCUUUUAUUUUAAAUACUGAGAAGCUUGAUGGAAAAUUCAAGCUCAUAUGUGAAGAUUAUUUGCUAGUAAAUAAAGACUUGCACAACAUUUGCGAGUCAUCAACAAUUGUCAAAGGAGAUAACUCUGGAAGCCGGUGUUGUUGUCGUACUGUUAUCUUAUUCUAUGUAAUGACAUUUUCAAUUUAUCAGUUUAUGUUAUCCGAAGCGAACUUAUUGUAAGGCAUCCAUCUUUCAUCUUGUGUGUGUGUGUGUGUGUGUGUGUGUGUGUUGGAAGAGAGGUGAGUGGGACGAGUAUGUUGUUUUUGUUAGAUAAAUGGUUUGAUUUUGAAUUUGAAGAAAAUCAUUAGGAGUGAAUCUAUUGAAAAAUAUGAAGAAGAAAAAAUACAUUGAUAAUCCAAUUAGUUUCCUGUGUGUUUAUAUAAAGAAAAUGUCCCGAAAGAAAAAUUCAUGCCCUCUCACAAAUGUUGACUGGUUUUGUUAUAAUUUUUAUACAUAUAAGUGUAAAAGUAGACAAAAGGGGACACAUCAUAAUAUGUAAAAUAACUUUAUAUGCUGCUUUAAAAUUAUCUUGCCAUCUAUAUACAUCUAGGAAUACCAUUGGUCAAAAGGGAAUAUGGUGGAACCAUGUAUGGUUAAGAUAAAGUCAGUAGGUGUGUUAUAUUUUAAAUGCACGGUUAGUGGCCGAGGGUUUUGUUAAAUAGUUAGGUAGAAAAGUUGCAUUUCUUAAGAAAAAAAAACAAACUUGUAAACAUAUAUAAUUAUAUAAUUAGAUGUAUUUAUGCUUUUAGACAAACAAGUUAUCGUAGAGACGCUGACUUUCUCAUUGUACAUAAUUGCAUGUUCUGUUUAAUGUUGUGUUAAAAUUGUAAUAUCAAGGAACAUUUUGUACACACAUGUAAUUAAUCAAGGUUCGUAAUAACGACUAAGUUCCCCAUAUAAUAUUAGUCUGUAAGAUGAAUUCGCUACAAUCUUUUAUAGGCCGAAUGCGAUAAAAAUAUGCAGUUGGUACAAUCCUCUGUAUUUAUUGUCGUUUCUAUAUUUUCCUUUAUUUUUUUUAUCGAAAAAAUUCAUGACUAGAAAAUAUGAUAAUGUUCAGUAUAAGUAAUUACCCUGGAGUAUGAGCUUUAAAGUACACAAUGUAAGGAUGUCUACACAUUCUUUCUUAAUGCAGUGUAAUCGUCCAGGCCCUACGCUCUAAAGUUUAAACUUUAUUUUAUAUUAUGUGAAACAACUCACAAUGGUCCUGCAUAUCUUUGAAUACGAGAAAUGUCAAUCAAACAGAUAUUGUUGGUUUGCGUGUAUUUACUUUCUGUGCGUCUAUUGAUAACAUAGAUUUAGAAAAUUAAAAAAAAAAUACAAAUCUCCCAAAUAGUGUCCUUUAAGUGUCCAUAAGACAUUUAUUUGUCAGUCAUCAUAUUCAUUUCUAUGAAUUUA